AUGUAUAAGGUCCUGCCUACUAUGAAGUACUCAAAGACUUAGUUGCAGCAGAAAUCAUUGUACAUGCUAGAGUAGGAAACUAAUUCUUUUAUAAAGAAACUUGCAAAAAACAUUCCCAUCACUAUUAAAGUAACGACUAGAUUGAGAAUUUUGAAAUACGAUGGGAACUCCUAGGUCAUUUUAAUUAGUAGACUUGCUUUCUUUAUUUUAAAAUCUCUAAUUCUCCUUAUUUCGGAUUGUUUUAAUUGA